AUGAAUCAAACAUUAAUGAGAUUGACUCUAACUCCUAAUAAGAUGAUUGUACAAAUUUAAAGAAACUCUAGAUAGAUCCUGACUCUUAAUUCACUAGAAUAUCUAACAAAUUGAUUAUUGAUAGAGGAAAUAUGAAAAUGUGGGAAAGUAAAGAAAAGUUCGAUUAGAGUUUUCAACCUAGAAAGAUUUUUGGUAUUUUAGGUAUAUUUGAAGUAAGUGGAAAACCUGUCUUAUUGUAUAUAGAAGAUGUAUAUAUGAUUGGUGAAUUAGAAGGAUGGCCAAUCUAUCAAAUUACAAAAGUAGGAUAUGUAGAUAAAGUAUAUUUUAGUUUUAUCAAUAUAGAAACAUUAAGAACCAGAACAUGAUAAUUUUGAGAAAGAUUAAUUAGAAAAAGUGAAGAAUUUAUUUAUAAACUCUUUUUAUUUUAGUUAUGGAAUAGAUUUAACUAGUUAAUCAAAUUUUUAACAUAAUCGUUUUUGGUGGAAUAGUAAUCUUUGUAAGAUGUUUCCACCGGAAUGGUAAUUGAAAAUUAUUUAAGGUUAUGUUGGGAUAUUCUAAAUAACAUUAAAAAAUUUAAAUUAAAUUAAAUAUUGUUUAAUUAGUCGAAGAUCUUUCUAUAAAGGAGGUUCUAUUAGAAAUGAUACAGGAAUAGAUUCUGAUGGUAAUGUUGCUAAUUACACUGAAACUGAAUAAUUACUUUAUAUGAAUAACGAAAAAGCUAAAUAAAUUUUAUGUAGAGGUAGUGUUCCUCUUUUUUGGUAAUACAAUAUCUUUAAUAAUUCUAUUGUUAUCAGUUAAGAAGAUCCAAAAAAAGCACUUAACAAACAUUGUCAAAUACUAUUGUCAAAUUAUUUCAAAAUCCUUUUUGUUAAUUUAAUUGAUGAUGAUUCAUAACUCUCAAAUUAAUUAGAUAGAUAUCUAACUGAAUCUGAUUAAAUGAAUAUCUACAAAUUCAAUUUUAAAAAAACAUUUCUCAAUAAAGAUUUAGAUUCUAUUAAUAGAUUCUUAGAAAAAUUAAUUGAUUAAGUUGAUUUCUCUUCUACAUUAGGAGUAAGACAACAAAAUAUUAUAAGAAUUAAUUGUUAUGAUUGUUUAGAUCAAACUAAUAUUAUUAUGACUAAAAUUGCAAUGAUAGCAAUCUAAAAAAUGCUCUAAUCUUUUAAAGUGGAUAUUCUCGAAGAAUUUAAUACCUAAUAACUUUAUGUUGAUUUAGAUAUUCCAAGCAUUCAUAAUAUUCAUCCAUUUCUUAUCUAUUUUAAAUCUAAAUGGAUGGAAAAUGGAGAUCAUUUAAGAUUAAUAUAUAAAGUUGGUUAAUAAAAUAGUGAUUUAAAUUAAUUUUAUAAAAAUAUGGUAGAAGAAAAACAAUUAAAAGAAGUUAUUCAUCGAAUUCUAGGAUUUCCUAUUUCUGAAAGUUAAUCUAAUGAAAAUAUAAUGAUGCUUGAAAGAACAAUGAAAAAGAGAGAAAAUGAAUAUACUUAAUUAUUAUAAAAGAGUGUUUAUGUAGUUACUUGGAAUAUUAAUGCUCAUUAACCAAAUGAUAAAUAAUUGUAUAAUUAAUUAUUUUAAUUUACAACUCCUCCUCAUAUUGUUGCUAUUGGAUUUUAGGAAUUAGUUAAAUUAAAUACUCUAACAGUAGUUGGUAGGUAGAAUAGAGAUGUUGUGGAAAAUUGGAAAUAGAUUCUAUACAAUUGUCUAAAUACAAAAGCAAAAUAUGUAUUAGCAGCUUAAUAAGUUAUGGUUGGUACUUUCAUUUUAGUGUUUGUUUUAGAUGAUGAAAAAUUACAUAUUUCAAAUGUUAAAACUGAAAUUGUCAAAUAUGGAUUUGGAUAAUCAUUAGGAAAUAAAGGAGGAGUGGUAACAAUAAAUUAUAUAAAUAGAUCAUUAAAUUACGAUUCUAUGAUAGUAAUAUCUGUUUUAUUAAUGUACAUUUACCAGCUGGAUAAAAAUGUAAUGAUGAUAGAAUAGCUGCAUUUGAUUACAUUCAUAAUAGAGCUGAAUUAAAUUAAUGUGAUUGGGCUAUCACAUUUGGAGAUAUGAAUUUUAGAAUCAAUUUAGCUCAACAAUCUGUUGUAGCAAGUAUUUAAAAUUAUCAAAAUAUUUAAAUUCAAGAAUAAAAAGAUGCAAUCUUAAAACAUUUAAAAGGUAUCUUAUCAUUAAAUAUAAAAGAAUAUGAUUAAUUGCAUUUAGAAAAAUAAAAAUCUUAAUAUUUAAAGUAAUUUAAUGAAGCUGAUAUUUAAUUUUUACCAACAUAUAAAUUUGAUAUUGGAACUGAAAUCUAUGACACUGUGAAAAAAAGAGUACCUUCCUUUACUGAUAGAAUUCUUUUAAAAAAAAUCUAAAAAGUUGCCAUCCAUUCAGUUGAAUGGUAUGAUAAAAUUAAAGGAAAUUUUUAAGUAUCUGAUCAUAGACCUGUUGGUUGUUUAAUAUCAACUUAAGUUUGUGAAAUUGAUAAAAAGAAAAAAGAAAAAUUAUUUAGAGAAUUAAUAUAAUUAGAAGAAGAUGAAUAAUAUGGGCACUAAUAUUUUCCAAAUAUUUAAUCAGUAAAAAAUUUUGAGCCAUGUAUGAAAUAUAGAUAAAGAGCUACUUAAUUAAAAAUAACUUUAAAGACAAAUAAAGAACUAUUAAUGUAAUUAUGUAACCCUGAAUUUGAAUGA